AAAUAGUCUGCGCUCUCUGUGCCGUACCAUCGCGUUUCUGAACCGGAAUGUGCCACUCGUUACCUCACGUAUACAAGUUGCUUCGACGACUCUUUCCAGUGGAUCUGAAACUCUUCUCGUCGCCAGCAGCCAGUCCUCCACUACAAAGCUACUGCAGAGCAGAGUCUCAGCCGCCAGAAGCCGUCUAUUAUACUUCGCCUGGCGGCACUCGACACCUGCUUGAGGUGGAGAGGAUCCGGAGCAUGUUUGGCCCCUGGAUUAUGGGAUCGUAUCCCUUAGAUCUAUUACGUGCCAGAAGUUCUACGAUGCUGGUCCAUGGAACAAAGAGGGCCACGCAUGAGACAGUGGAGUUGUGAUGAACCGAGAGCCAUACUUCACCGACUUAGUAUGCACUGCCAUUGACUUUCAGUCGGUUCCAAAUUUCUGUCAUUAUACAGCAGCAAACGACGAGAGCGACGAGAAGAAUGUAAGCUGACGAACGACCCACAGGACGUACUUGACAAGUCAAGUAUCAAGCAGAGCCUCUGCAGACUCUGAAGCUGGUGACCGAGAAGAUAUUUACUCUGCCCGAUUAGGAAGUGGUCCACCUGUUUUUAUCUGAACGAGGGUGUUGACAUUCGACAAGAGAUGGCCAAUACGGUCCCGCAGGAAUUUGACCCUCCUCUGAUACAAUUGAUCGGGGAGGCCUUUGUUCUGGAGUAUUACCAUGUCCUGAACAACAAUCCGCAAGACCUCCGUCGGUACUAUGGCAGAUCUAGUACGGUAACUCGGACUCACAGCAAAGUUGAUGACUUAGUUGAGACGAAAGCUUCGACGGAAGAGGCUAUGACGAAGAUUAUCUCUUUCGUCUCAGGCUGGAAGGCAGAAAUUACCAGCGUGAUUUCGCAGGAGGCUUUUCCUCAUCGAGUGCUGAUUCUGGUCACCGGAUACUUCUCCAACCCGGAAUCUGUCCGAAGAAAUUUUGUACAGACUUUCCUGCUGGGCCUCCAGAAUGGCGAGAAUUACCUGAAGAAUGAUGUGCUGAGAUUGACGGGUGUCGAGAUUGGAGAAGACUUGAAUUGCUUUUCUUGUACCUUGGAAAGUGAAGAGAAUUUGCGCUUGAUAGAGCUACAUUCUGCAUUUUUGAAAGAGUUCAAAGUGAUUCCUCCACUAGAUUUGAACUCCAAGAGUCCGAGGCAAGCUGUACCACCGCGGAUAUCGCCAAUAUCAAGGAAGCCUGUUCCACUCAAGCAUCAGCCGGAGAUGAGGAGACUCGAGCAGGGAGAAUGUUUUUGCUUCCUUCCGCCUAGUCAGCCGCCACAAGAACUAGCCCAAGCAUGGGCUGAAUGCGUGAGAGACAGUACGUGUUCCGAUAAAAGUGAAUAUGGGAGUACGUGGGAGCAGUUGGAGAAUAUCGGGCUUCGUGUGAUUUUACCACGACCCAUUAGCACGCCAUCCUUGAUGAACGUCAAAAUGAAAGAUGAACUGGGAGGCCAUGAAGUGGAAGAAACCUUGUUCCUGGAUGACGAAACCGAAUAUGAUAGUUACUAUACAUUUCGCCGCCUCACUGAAGAUUUUACAUUGCUGCGCAAUUACCCAGAGAUACCGAUAAACUUAUACGGGAGUUCUUAGGACGUGCAUCAUCAAUUCGGCAAUCCAUAUGACAGCCAACCGUACCCAGUGUCGAGGUACUUAAUUCUUUCAGACCGAAUCCCACUCGGAGGAGAACAAGUUCGUAUUCUAAAGUAGAGAGAGAUUCAAGGUUGCACGUCUGGGUCCACAGUGGGGAAUCCCGAUUUGGCUGCUCUUCCAUAAUAUAAUUAGUUCUCAUCUGAGCUGUAGGGUGAAAGUAUGGAGUGACAUUCUGGUUAUUUCCACCCAAAUGUCAGACGACUAGUUCUCGUGAUCAGAUCAAACCAUUGUACGUCAAUUCACACCAUUUCUAUAUGGUCUCUCCUUUAUGGCUGAUCCAUGCAUAGUCUCCUUGGAAGCGACAAAACCAAAUCAUUGGUUUUAGUUCAGGUUAUCAAAACUGACAGUCUUUAGUACAUGAAUGACAGCAAAGGAGAAAAGAACAGUAGCGUGCUUCCUUUCCAAGGAGGCCCAGUGCAGGCCCUUUAGACCAAUGGAUAUGAGCCUGAGGUUUCAUAUGGCCCCACUUGAUUUAGCAAUAAAAUCAUUUAUGUUAAAUCUGUCAUUUU